ACUUCUCAACAAACAAUAAAAUGACAGUCAUAAAUUGAUAAAUUAAUGAAAACCCAACAAUGAUGAAAUAUUUAUAAAAUAUUUAAUUGAAAAACAAUUAGUAAACAUGGAGGCUGUACCAAAAUUGUCAUUUCUUAGCUUUGAAAUAAAGAUCAGCCCAGAGAAUACGCAUUUUGGCCCUAAACUUAAACAGUAUAUAGCGGAGGCCUAUCGAGAAGAUCCUGAUAGUUAUGGAAAUGAAAUUCAUCAAUUGGAAGGGCUGCGCUCUGCAGCAGUGCGGCCUACUAUUGACGCAGCGGGUCUUAAAGCUCUUAACAAAUACUUUUGUCAACUUCGAGCCAUGCAAAGUCGAUUUCCAAUGGCUAAAGGUCAACCAGCCGCAUGUUCUUUCGCUUGGAAAGAUUUGUAUGCAAACAUGAAUUGUUCAUUAUCAGACAUAAGAUUUGAGAUGGCCUGUAUACUGUACAACAUUGGAGCCCUGCACACACAACUGGCAGCAGCCGAGGCUCGCGCCACUGCAGACAGCUUAAAGGCAGCUUGCCAGCACUUUCAAAAUGCAGCUUGGGCUUUUCAAUAUCUGAGAGAACAGUAUCCUCAACCUUCAGGAGCUGAUGUUUCAUCGGAAAUCCUGAAAUUGUUGCAAGAAAUUUGUUUUGCCCAAGCACAAGAAUGUAUAUUGGAUAAAAGCAGACAAGAUACAAGAAAAUCUAGUGUAAUUGGUGCUGUAGCAACACAAGUGUUACAUUUUUACAAAAACUCACUGGCGAUCCUAGGUCCGUCUACAGGCACAGAUAAUAUCCACGAGAUUAUAGGCACUAAGCUGUAUAACAUCUGGUACCGCAAUCUGUCUUUUAAGGCUUCAUACAUUGGAUGUAUAGUGGCCUUGUAUCAGGGAAUCAAUGCUGAAGAACAGCAGAAAAUGGGAGAGAGAGUUGCAUAUUACCAACAAGCUGUUGACAAAUUGAACGAAGCUCGGAAGCUAGCAAAGUACAUUGAACCGGUGCAGGCCACACAGGAGGCUCUGACGUUCACCAAUGACAUAGUGGAGGGGAAGAGAAAGGCAGCGAAGAAUGAGAAUGAGUUCAUAUAUCAUGAGGAAGUGCCCGAGAAGGACAUGUUGACAGAGCUCAAGCCUGUGUGCUUGGUUAAGGCUGUGGCCAUAAAUUUUAAUGACCCAGAGGUGUCAGGACAGGAUAUAUUCUCGCGGCUGGUGCCCAUGGGUGCUCAUGAAGCAUCGUCUCUGUAUUCAGAGGAGAAAGCAAAGCUGCUGCGGCAUGUGGUCAGCCAAGUGGAGGCCAAAAAUGUGGAGCUCACAGAGUUCAUGUCUUCCUUGCAACUGGACCAACUGGACGUUCUGGACACAGAACAGAAAAUACCACAAGAGAUUGUAGACCGGUGUGCAGCAAUGAAUGCCAAGACCGAGAUGAUCACCACCCUGGUGGACUCCAUGAACAGCCUCGCUGAAGUCAUCAGCGACGUGGAGCACACUCUCGCAGAAAUUAAGGCUGAUAUACAGGAGGAGCGUGUGCUGGAGCGCGAGCACGAGCGGCGCGUGGGCGGGCGCGGGCCGUCGCUGGUGCAGACGGAGCUGGCGCGCGAGCUGCACAAGUACGGGGAGGCACACGCCCGCACGGCCGACAGCAACCUCGUGCUGCACAAGGCGGUCGCGCUGCACGUGGCCAACCUGCGCCUGCUGGCCCAGCCGCUCGACCGCCUGCAGCAAGCCGUGCCCAGCCUCGACGGCAUCGAGGGGCUGGACCGCAGCACGAUGGCGGAGAUGCGGCGCGUGGUGGGCAAGGCGCGCGAGAUGCAGCAGCAGCGGGCCGCUCUGCUGGCCGAGCUGCGCGACGAGCUGGCCGCUGAUGACGUCACCGCCAAGCUGCUGGCCGACCCCGCGCUGCCGCACGACGAGCUGUUCCGCCAGCAGCUCGAGCAGCACACGCCCAAGGUGAAGAUAAUAGAGCAGAACCUGUCGGCGCAGGAGAACAUAAUCAACCGGCUGACGUCGCUGUACGCCGCGUACGGGGACUCGCGGCGCCUGCUCGCCGACGUGCUGCGCAAGCGAGACGCCAUGGUUAACGCGCUGAUCACGUCGUACGACAGCUGGGGCGAGCUGGUGGGCAAGUGCCGCAAGGGGCUGGAGUUCUACCGCAAGCUGCAGCACAACCUGAACGGGCUGCGGGCGCGCCUGCGGGCCACGCGCCACGUGCAGCGCGACGAGCGGCACCUGGCCGACCCCGCGCCCGCCGCACCUGCCGCACCCGCCGCACCCGCCGCACAUGCCGCACCUGCCGCGCUUCACGCAGAUCCCGUUUUAACGAGCAAAGUCGGCCCCGUGCCAGUCGGUGCGACGCCCGGCGCUGCUCCCAAGCUGAAGGACUACCUGCCAUACAUGAAGAACAGAACACUGGCCAGAAAUAUGCCACCGCAAACCCCCGUGGAAAUUCAACCAGAAUCGUCUUACCCGGACCCGAUUUAUCCCACGUCCAUCCGACCCAACCCCGUCGGCUCUGAAGCUACCGAUGUCGCACAGCCAAAUCUACCUGAUGGUGUUACACCUUAUAUGCGCUAUCCGCCCUCCUACAUGCCGAGCGAAAAUGACCCUUAUUCUGCUGCUAAAUACGGGUACAGCGCUCCUAAAGGAUUUAACAAACCCGAGGAGGCGCAGAAUUACAAUUACGCUGCGUAUUCACAGCCACAGUUUCCGACGUCGAUGCCGGAACAACAAAGCUAUGGAAGCCCGUACCAAGCCGCACCUCAAAGUGCCAAUCCCAUGACAGAUUCACAGAAUGCAGCGAUGUAUAACCCGGGCCAAUCGAAUGUGCCCGAAAAUCCUUACGCAGCCACAUACACCCCGUACAUGAGUCAGGUCAGCUCGGCCACCGAUAUGUCGUCGUAUCACCCUAAUCAAGACUUGAGUGCCAAUUUUUCUCAAAUGCACGUCUCUGCGCCAAAAUCGGAAGCGAUGAGCAACUUCAGUGGCGAAUAUUCGCAAACGUACUUCAGCGUGCACUACCCGCCCACCUCCUCCAACGUGGCCACCUACAGCAGCGCCGUGCAGAACAAUAACACUAACAGCACUACACAGCUGUCUACGGAUUACAGCGUGAACUAUCCCUACACACCUGAAGGCAACCAAUACGGCCAAAGUGUGCCCAACCAACCUACUUCCGCACAAGAGGUGCCAAAUCCGUAUCCAAACUAUUCUCAAGCUCAGCAAAAUCCGAGCGGACAGCCGUCUGUGUCUGCCCCCGCUCAGAACGCUUAUCAACCGUAUCAAAAUGUCCCGAACGCUUCCAACGUCUACUCGCCGACGUCUGAUUUCAAUUCUGGGAACAGCUUCACCAACACCUCCAACACUAACACGUACGCAUCUUCUAAUGUCCCAAACUCAAAUAUGAACGCGCCCACUUCGAUGCCCUACCAAAAUGUAAAUACGUCCAUCUCGAUCCCGAAUGUUUCGAAUCCCUACAGCGUGAACCAGCAGUACGCCUUCACCGCCGGUUAUGAUAACGUGUCCCAAGGUUACGUGUACACCAACGCCGACAAUUCCGGCACGUCCACGACUAACGCCAGCACCACCGCUUUCAGCACUGGCCAGGCUUACAUGCCGACCGACUCUGCAAAUUAUAUUAAUCCGGCCCUCGCUCAAAUCGACGCCUUCGAUAAGCCGAUAAAGUCGCACGCUAAAGGAGAAGCUUUAUCCGCGAUGCCGAUCUCGAGCUACCAAAGCUACACGAACGUUCCCGUAAACUACAUGCAGCCCGAACAGACGGUCCAACCUGCGAUAUCGCAACCGACUGUCUUCAACGAACAAAACAACCCGAGCUACGGACAAACUUAUCAGAAUCACCCGGGCUACACUUACAACGCGUGCACGGGAAACUACGAUUACAGUUACGGAUCACAAAAUACCUUCAAUAACUUAGACCAGCAACAACAACAACAACAGACCGUCGACCCGCAGGCGAUGAAUCAGAAUCAGCAAAAUUGGAACGCAGCCGGCGUGUACACGAGCGCCGGGGCUUACGGAACGGUUCAGUCCCCGUCGGAAGCCCCGCAACAGGCGCCGCUUCCCCAACAGAACGCUGACCCAAGCCAGCAGCAAACUUACUACAACUCCCCGUACGGCUACCAGACGGUCACCGACCAGUCGGACGGGGGCUGCGUGUCUGCGGGCAGCACCAACUACGGCGCCAACCCCAACCAGUCCACCUACAUGCAGUCGGGCGUCGCGCACGACACUAGCGUCACUUACUCGGGCAGCGAAGUGUCCAUGUCCAAAGAGAAUUCUAACGAAACGACAUCUCAUUCGCAAAUCAUUGAACCGACAAGUCCACCCUCACAAGUUGAACCUACGCAAACGGUCCGAGACCCUCCGGAACCAGCACCUAAAGUAGAAGAGACGAAAGAACCGACCGCUUUCGAUCUGCUGUCAGAUAUCGACUUCUCUGUUGAACAAACGCCACUGACGCCAGAAAUAAAGGUGCCGCCGGUGUCUGAAAAGGCUGUUGUAAAAUCUACGGUUAUCCGCAGAGAAGUAGUGAAACCGCAACCUAAAGAAGAGGUUAUAGAACGACCUCCGAAGAGAGAUAUUUUUUCUGACCCCAGCUUAAUAAAUCAAUUCACACAGGAGGUGAAAAACUUACAAAAAUUGACUGAUUCCCUAACAAAUACUUCAUCUAGUGGUAUUAAUGUUUUAGAGGCCAAAUGGAAAAGUUUACAGGAAUUACAAGCCCAAGAGGAAAAAAACCGAUCGAUGAGGAUAGCUAUGAAGCGAUCUCGUAUGGAUGACGUAAUGCCCUAUGACGACACUAGACUCACCCUUAAGUCUGAUCCUGAUGCCUAUAUAAACGCCUCUUAUUAUAAGCAAUUGACGUCAUGGUGCAUGCCCCUAGUAAUCUCGAAAUGCCCUGACGAGUCCGAAAUGGAAAUCUUCUGGAAAGCCAUGUUCGAGAACGAUGUCAGCUGCAUUGUUUGUUUACAAACUGAAAUUGAUAUGCAGGGUGCGGCAUAUUGGCCGACGGCGGUGGGGCAGACACUAGUGGUGGGAAGCACGCGCGUGUCGCUGGGAGCCGCGCGCACGUGCGGCCACUGGACCGAGCGCACGCUGCACCUCGCCUGCGGGGGCACUACGCGUUCUGCUAUACACUAUCAGAUCAACGUGUUCCCGGACAAAGUGGUGUGCUCGCCGCUAGUUCUCCUGUGCGACGCAGUGUGGCGACAAAGCGGCGCGGGUUUGGUGGGCGCCAGUGGCCUUACAGCCGCGGGCCGCACAGUGUGUGUGCAGUGCAGCGCAGGCGCAGGUCGUAGUGCACUAGUGGCACUGCUACUGGCUGCUAUGUGUCAGCUGCGCGCGGGACACAUACAACUAUGUGAGGUGUUGGAGCAUGGUGCGGGCUGGCUGGUGGCUGGGCGGCGCGGUGCGGUGACAGCUCGCACGCAGCCCGACCUCGCACGCGCGCUGCUCUAUUACGCGCAGGGCGUGCUCUGCUCCGGUACAACGAUGUUCAAUGGCGAAGCGGUAUCCGUCCCGAGCGGUGCGGCAGUACUACCCCCCGCCCCCACCCCAGGGCCCGCUCCCCCCACGGGACAGGGGGGAGCACGGGGCAAGUUCAGCCGCGAGUCGUUUGAAGAAAUGCGACAAGCUCCUGGUCUCAAGAGCGGCGACAUGAAAGACCCCCUCAACUUCCUCGACCCCCUCUGGAGCCUCAAGAAGAAAUAACAACCCUAGAUAUGAUCAAAACAUUAAGUGAAUAAAUAAAUAAUCGAAUCAAAUAUAAUCCACAUCAAAUUAUAAAUCUAUUUAUGUUUUAAGUUAAAAUAUAUGAGUAGAUAUUUUAGGAAAUUCGCUAUUUUUAAUUUAAUCAUUCUUUUAUCCAAUAAUGAUGAUGAUUGAUGAUAGACAUUCCUUCAAUGAAAUGGGAAAAUAUUAUAAUUGGUAACUUAUAAGGUAAGAUAGCGUUAGCAUCUAUCGAUGGUUAUGUAACUCCUUACGUUAUGGCCGAUAAGCAAAUUUUGUGUGGCCUCAGACUGCGAAUGGUAUUAUUGUACUUUAAUAAAUACAUAUUUAAUUCAA